UAAGUGGCGGUGGGAGGGUCUCCGCUCGCCCCGGGAGCUGUGUUACACGUGUUGCUCAACACUCAUUGCCUUAUAUCGUGGCCUUUGUGGUGAUAUUGUUACGUGUGUGUGUGCGUAGGAGAUACUGUUCGUGGCUCCUGUGUGUGUAGUUACGUUAGCUGCCUGGAAUAUAGCGAUAUUGGUACGAAAGUUGGUGGCGGCUCCUUGGAUGACAGCAGCCAGUGAUUUUUGUGGUAACCAGGUUUAACAGGGGUGUUGAGCCCAGUGUAUUAACAGGGAUUGAGCUCAGUGUAUUAACAGGGGUUGAGCCCAGUACGUUAACAGGGGUUGAGCCCAGUGUGUCGCAACCGAGACACAAUGUACCUGUCAGUGGAGGUAACUGGGAUUACUUCGGUGUGAAAAGCUCGUGUGUGUGUAAGGUCGAUUGUUGCUCCAAUAUUCAUGGUGACCUUUUGUUGGUGAAUAUCCAGAGUAUGUUGGAGUUGUAGCCCCAGCAUACACGGGGUCAGUGUAGCCCCAGCAUACACGGGUCCAGUGUAGCCCCAGCAUACACGGGGUCAGUGUAGCCCCAGCAUACACGGGUCCAGUGUAGCCCCAGCAUACACGGGUCAGUGUAGCCCCCAGCAUACACGGGUCCAGUGUAGCCCCAGCAUACACGGGUCCAGUGUAGCCCCCAGCAUACACGGGUCAGUGUAGCCCCCAGCAUACACGGGUCAGUGUAGCCCCAGCAUACACGGGUCAGUGUAGCCCCCAGCAUACACGGGUCAGUGUAGCCCCAGCAUACACGGGUCUGUGUAGACUCGGGCAGUACAGGUGAUUUCAUAAAGAAGUGACCAUGAGUGUUCUGAAAAAGCUGAAAAAAGGUUUUGUGUGGCGUGGCGCGUGAAGGUUGGGAAUUUUGUAGCGACGGAUGAUGAUUCAAGCCUGCAGGGCACGAAGGAGGUGAUGGAGGGGGAGACGGCCACCUCCGGUGUUGGAGAGGGAAGGCAGCAGGUGUCUCACACACCUGCUCCAAGGUCCCGCCACAUACCUGAAGAUGUCAACGGUAACCCAGUAACGUCAGACAUGCAGCUACAGGGACCCCGAGGCGGCCCGCGGCUCAUCUCAAUCAACAGGACUGACCAGGGCUUCGGCUUCACCCUCCGCCAUUUCAUCGUCUACCCACCCGAGUUAUCGGAGCUACUGAGUGAUGAUGGGUCAGCGUCGGCCGCGGUGCCGCUCUCCUCCCUCGACCCCCUCGACACCAUCUUCGUCAAGCACGUGAAGCUGGGCUCUCCCGCCCACCUGGCUGGCCUCAGGACAGGUGAUCGUGUAGUAAGCGUUAAUGGUGAAGGCGUGGGGUCGCGCAGCUACCAGGAGGUGGUGGCCACCAUACAGCGGUCACCCCCCACACUUCACCUCAUGGUGGUGCCUCGGCAGCAAGACCUACUUCAGCAGGUGUUUGGAGAAACAGCCCAUAAUCCUGAGAGUAACUUGGACAUAAGAAUGCCCAGUCCUGGUCUCCUGCCUCUGCAACAUCCCAUUAGGCACCCGCUAACAGCUAGUCUGACUCAUGCAUCCUUAGGCGGGUCACUCGUGCAGUACCCGCCAAGUCUUUCACAAUCUACUUGGUCAUCUCAGUCGUCUUUGACAUCACAUCUGUCCACAAUGUCUACUGGACAUCACCCACCUACAGUCAUGGUGGCUCAUCCACCAUUCCAUCAAAAGUCUCAUCAGUCUCCCAAGGUUUCUCAGCCACAUGGAGCACAUAUUCCCAUUCUUCCUCAUCAGCAGCUAACCAUCCAUGGGAACCAUUCAUCUGUGCCAUACUGGCCUGGUACCAGAAAGCACUCGCUCUCUUCUGGAGAUAAUCAAACAGCAGUUACAUCUAGUAACAGGAAACAGUCAUUACCUGGGAUGGCAGACAGAAGACAAGCUGUCUAUACCAUUCAAAAUAGUCUGUCUUCAGUGCCUCAUUAUGUGCCUUCAAAAUCAGGGAAGCCAAGUCCCUUGCUUACAAGUACAAAUCUUCCUGGAAGUUCAACACAUGCUUCCUCAAAUGAACCUUCUAAUGCCUCUGUAUUUGGUAUUUAUGAACCAAUUCUUGAUCGAGCUAUAGGAAGAGGGAAAGUAAGAGACAGCAGGAGACUAGAGUGUGAUCCUGAUGGGCGUGUUUAUGAAGUUGUGCACACUAGAGUUGUAGAAAGUAAACUCAACAGUAAUGGUAAUAAGAAAGGAACUGUAAAAAAGGGUACAACUGGUGUUAGAAAUAAUUCAGGAAGUCACCAUGACAGAAAAUCAAAAGUUGGUGGAGAAGCUGAUGCUAAAAGAGUUCGUGUACAGUCACUUUCCCCUCCAAGAUUAAAAGUGGAUCAGAUUCAUGCACGAAGUGCAAGUGUACACCCAAGACCUGAGAGACCAAGUGUUAUCAGUUCCUCUAAUAAUGUACUUCUGCAUGGCAGCCACCAGAGUCUCAGUAGCACAAAAAAUGAAGCACUCACACGCAGUGGUAAUAAACAUAAUUCGUAUUCAAGAAGAAGUUGUACAGAACCAAUCAUUAGUAAUAAGGAAAAUUCUCAAACGAAUGAUAAGUCAACUCAAGAGGUCAUUGACAGAAUUAAAAAGAAUGUUGAAAGAAAAGAAGAAUUCUUGAAAAGACCAAAUCAACCUAUAUGGCUUCCAGCCAGCAAAGCUCCAAUUAUUCACAGUGACUAUCAUGUUAAUCCACAAAGACUUCCACGCCCAAUGUGGCCACCCCCAGCAGCUCAAACUCCCCCAUCUCCUGGCUCAGUAACAAAGGCUCUUAGUUUUAUUGUCAGUCCUAAGCAGGAUCAGACACGGAAAGUAAAGCCGGACACGGAGCAGGCUCAACCUUUGGACAGUAGUGCGAGUGUUAGAGGAACUAAUGUACCUGGCUCUCAAUCAUCACUGCAGAAUGAUGGCAAAACAGAAUCUUCAAUAGAUCCUGUACUACCAAGUGGAAAUGAAAUCACAAAUCAUGCAGAAAUACAAAACUUGUCCUCAGCUCAAAGUGCUUCUACUGUAUUACCACGUUCAUUAGUUGGCAAUGCUGUACCUAAGCCAUAUAGUGGAAGUACUUCCGAGGCUAACCCAGCUAAUGCGAGAUAUGGAAAAGCUUUUGUAACUACUCUGUCUCGAAUUCAAGAAAAUAUUGCAAUACCAGAGCUUGGUUCAUCUUCAUCCCUCACAAGCCAGGGCCUUGCUAGUAGUAAGCAAGGGGAUACAUCACAGGGUGUGACUCCUGGUGGCACCCCAAGUGGCAGCGAAACAUCACUCAAUUCUUCGAUUAUACGCCCGAUUCCAUUAGCAUGGGUGGGUGAUAACGAACGCAUAAAGCAGCUUCAAAUUGUAUCAAAGAGAGCGAAACAGUUUGAAAGUAGCCAAUUAGAGAAGGAAGCCUCAUGCAAAUCAGCAUUUCAUCGCUUUGAGCUUUCACGACUUUCACAACGCUCUAAAAUUCCAAAUGUAGCCCAACGAAAACAAGAAUUUGAGAAGAGAGAUAACGACCAACUUCCACUUGGUUUUGAGUAUGAGUUUGGAACUCACUACAAUAACUCUCCAAGGCAGCGUAAGAGUGCUGAAUUAGUGCGAAGUAAUUUGGUGUCUCAAGAACUGUCUCCAUCGCCUGCAAAGGUGUUUAGAUCUCUCUCUGACGGAGGCAAUGUCUUCCCUGUCAGUAGAAGGCUUUAUUCACCUGGACAUGAUGAAGGAAGAAAUUCCUCAUCAGUUGUAGAGGAGUCAACGGGGUUACGAUAUGGUAUGAACCGUACAAUUCCCGUUGGUGGGCCUAACAUACACUGCACACCACCUUCACAUAGACCUCACAGUGAUUCUGGUAAGUCAUGUCGUGAGUUGCUGGCCCCCAGCCCUUCCCGGCGGCCACUCCUGGCCCCCAGCCCUCUCCAGCAGCCACUCCUGGGCCCCAGCCCUCUCCAGCAGCCACUCCUGGGCCCCCAGCCCUUCCCGGCAGCCACUCCUGGGCCCCAGCCCUCUCCAGCAGCCACUCCUGGGCCCCCAGCCCUCUCCAGCAGCCACUCCUGGGCCCCCAGCCCUUCCCGGCGGCCACUCCUGGGCCCCCAGCCCUCUCCAGCAGCCACUCCUGUGCCCCAGCCCUCGCCAGCAGCCACUCCUGGGCCCCCAGCCCUCGCCAGCAGCCACUCCUGGGCCCCCAGCCCUCUCCAGCAGCCACUCCUGGCCCCCAGCCCUCUCCAGCAGCCACUCCUGGGCCCCCAGCCCUUCCCGGCGGCCACUCCUGGGCCCCCAGCCCUCGCCAGCAGCCACUCCUGGGCCCCCAGCCCUCGCCAGCAGCCACUCCUGGCCCCCAGCCCUCUCCAGCAGCCACUCCUGGGCCCCCAGCCCUCGCCAGCAGCCACUCCUGGGCCCCCAGCCCUCUCCAGCAGCCACUCCUGGGCCCCCAGCCCUCGCCAGCAGCCACUCCUGGGCCCCCAACCCUCUCCAGCAGCCACUCCUGGGCCCCCAGCCCUCGCCAGCAGCCACUCCUGGGCCCCCAGCCCUCUCCAGCAGCCACUCCUGGGCCCCCAACCCUCUCCAGCAGCCACUCCUGGGCCCCCAGCCCUCGCCAGCAGCCACUCCUGGCCCCCAGCCCUCGCCAGCAGCCACUCCUGGGCCCCCAGCCCUCGCCAGCAGCCACUCCUGGGCCCCCAGCCCUUCCCGGCAGCCACUCCUGGCCCCCAGCCCUCGCCAGCAGCCACUCCUGGCCCCCAGCCCUCGCCAGCAGCCACUCCUGGGCCCCCAGCCCUCGCCAGCAGCCACUCCUUGGCCCCCAGCCCUCUCCAGCAGCCACUCCUGGGCCCCCAGCCCUCUCCAGCAGCCACUCCUGGGCCCCCAGCCCUCUCCAGCAGCCACUCCUGGGCCCCCAGCCCUCGCCAGCAGCCACUCCUGGGCCCCCAGCCCUUCCCGGCAGCCACUCCUGGCCCCCAGCCCUCGCCAGCAGCCACUCCUGGCCCCCAGCCCUCGCCAGCAGCCACUCCUGGGCCCCCAGCCCUCGCCAGCAGCCACUCCUGGGCCCCCAGCCCUUCCCGGCAGCCACUCCUGGCCCCCAGCCCUCGCCAGCAGCCACUCCUGGCCCCCAGCCCUCGCCUGCAGCCACUCCUGGGCCCCCAGCCCUCGCCAGCAGCCACUCCUGGGCCCCCAGCCCUUCCCGACAGCCACUCCUGGCCCCCAGCCCUCGCCAGCAGCCACUCCUGGCCCCCAGCCCUCGCCAGCAGCCACUCCUGGGCCCCCAGCCCUCGCCAGCAGCCACUCCUGGGCCCCCAGCCCUUCCCGGCAGCCACUCCUGGCCCCCAGCCCUCGCCAGCAGCCACUCCUGGCCCCCAGCCCUCGCCAGCAGCCACUCCUGGGCCCCCAGCCCUCGCCAGCAGCCACUCCUGGGCCCCCAGCCCUUCCCGUCAGCCACUCCUGGCCCCAGCCCUCGCCAGCAGCCACUCCUGGCCCCCAGCCCUCGCCAGCAGCCACUCCUGGGCCCCAUUCCUCGCCAGCAGCCACUCCUUGUGCACUCAUUGUGCCCCCACACACAGCAUCUUGUGUGCUGGGCCCCACAUGCAACAUCAGGUGUGGUGGGCCCCACACACAGCAGUAAGUGUGGUGGACCCCAAACACAGCAGCAGAUGUGGUGGGCCCCAUUCCUCUACCAUGAACUCUGCCCAUCAACCUACUCUCAUCAUGUUGUCACUCUUGAAUAUUUCUCUGGACGGAGAGUUAGCCAAGAAACAGGGCGCGACUAAUGAGUCGCCAGGAACCAGCACCACCACCACCCAAUCCUACCCCCAACCUGCAGCCACCACCUCCCCUACCAGUGGCCACGCCCCUCGCCCAAAACGCCCAACCUUCCUACCAAUCAAGAACCAUGCUCGCCCUGCUCUCUCAUCCAAUGACAAGCGAUCUCCCAUCGGAGCUGACAAGGGAUUGGAGGAGAGUUCGCAUGAUUCCCUCCCCCUUUGUAGGAACUCUGGUGAGAGAGCUCCUCCUUGCUCGCCGCACAGCAGCCUACCCAAUAGCAUGUACCAGUUACCAGCAGUGACGACGCCUCCGGCGGGCUCAGGCGGGGCCGGCACUCCUGGGGGGACGUCAGGCACCAGCCCCACCACCAGCGCCUCCGUCACCCCCACCUCCAGUGACGUCGCCAUGGUGGCUCGUAGGAACAAGACUCUCUACGGUGAUGAAGGGGAACGACUGGUGCGACGAGUGUCGUACCUCAAGGCCACCUCCGGGGACCGCAUGUACUCGGACUCCGACCUCGACUCCGACAACGACGACAGGAGCGGCGUGCGUGGUGAGGGCGUGGUGCGGGCGGCGGGCGGCGAGGCCCCUCCAGAGGCCCCCACGGGCCCCGUGUGUGUGAGGGAGCUGCCCUCCCCGGCCUCCCUCCAGUCCGCCAUUGUGAGACAGGGAGCCCUCCACGUCAAGCUGACUAUGGUGGAUGGCAAGAAGGCAGGAGACCGGUCGUGGAAGGCGGCCUGGGCCCUCCUCCAGGGACACGCUAUCAUCUUCUACAAGGACCGCCAGCACGCCAUACAGACACCCUUGGGAGUGGAAGAGCAGAUAUCCCUUCGUGGUGCUGAGGUUGAGGUCGCAAGCGACUACACCAAGAGGCGGAAUGUGCUGCGUCUUGCCACACCAGGCGGGUCUCAGCUACUUCUCCAGGCCGACACUCCACCAGAGAUGUUGGCAUGGCUCUCCACUCUACAGAACAAUUGUGCCUUACAGGAAGGCGAAUCAGGCAGCAAAACCCCCAUGAACAACAACAAUGUGUCUCCACAAACAAGUAAUAAAGCAAUGCGGAAACUCACAUCCACUUUGAGAACGCGCUCCCCCACUGGCCAAUCUCCUUCAACAAAAACACGUAAACCCAGUAGUUCUGAGAGUAAUUCUUCACCAAAAUCAAAAACCUGGAGAGGUCAUUUAAAGAGACCUUUUAUGAAGAAGGUACAUAGUGGGUCACCAGCUAUCACUCCCACAAUGCCACUACCAGAGGGAGCGACUAUUGGGGUCUGUCUUGAGGACUGCCCUCCGUCGCUUGAGAAUGAAUACGUGCCGCUACUUGUUGCUCUAUGCGUGGGCGUAGUAGAAGGCCGAGGCUUGCAGACACAAGGCAUCUAUCGUAUUCCUGGCAACAAGGCAGCUGUCACGCACUUAACGGAGAUGAUAAAUAAAGACCCAAAAUCUAUUGAAUAUGAUGAUCCAAGAUGGUGUGAUGUAAAUGUCAUAUCCAGUAUGUUGAAACAGUUCUUCCAGAAACUGCCUGAUCCUCUUUUCACCAUUGAGCUUUAUCCAUUGUUUAUUGAGGCAAGCAAAAUUGAAGAUCCGAGCCAAAGAAUGGUGGAGCUAAAGAAAUUGGUACAAGAACUACCAUAUCAUCACUAUGAGACUCUACGUUUUUUAAUAAUGCACUUGAACAACAUUGUCAGUCACUCUGACAUGAAUAAAAUGGAUGUUCGUAAUCUGGCCAUUGUCUUUGGACCAACGCUUGUUCGCUCAGGGGAUGAUAAUAUGGUGACGAUGGUCACCGACAUGUCACAUCAGUGCCGCAUAGUUGAAACGCUCAUAAGUCAAGCUGCAUGGUUCUUCAGUGAAGAUGAUGGAGAAGAAAUUGUACCACCAGUUCUAAAUCACUCAGUUCUUCAGAGUCCUGCUGGGGAAUCUCUGCCACCUUCGGAAACUGACACACCCUCAAGUCAGGCUCUCCUCCUCCAUAAUAUUCAAAAAGUUGAAGGUAACAUAAAGGCAGAUAUGAAGAAGGAUAUUGUCUCCUCCAUCAUAUCUGCUGCUAAUAGAAAAGUCCAUAAAGUUAAGUGUAAAAAGGCUAUAGAAGACAAGCCAAUUGAUGACUCCAGACACAGUGAUAAAGAUGGGGGGUUUGAGGAACGUGACAUUGACAAGGAGGCGGAACUAAGAAAGCAACGGUUGCUAGCGAAGCAAAUUGAAAGUAUGGUAGAAUUGCCCGACCCAAAACCAAUGAGUGAGCGGAAAAUAUCUAAUAUGAGUCUUAUGAGUGUUCAAAGUCAUUCUUCUGGUGUAUCUAAUUUUUCACAAAGCCUUAAUAAUGAUAGGACUAGUGGUAGUGAAGCAACAAAGCUGAGCAUACCUGGAGAUAUUAUCCAUCCAUUUUGUGUUGUAAAGAAGGAUGGAGUUAGUACCAAUUCAGCACCAUCAACACUGCCCACCAGUUCGACCAUAGAAAACACUGCUACUUCCACCCAACAGUCUAGUCAGUUAGCCCCUGAAACAACCUCACUUUUUGGAGAUGAAGUUGCCAUUCGAUCAUAUGCAGGUCUCAGUGCGAGUACUCAAGAGCGAAUUCGGCGGUUUGAGAUGGAGACACGUGCAAUGCUUCAUAGAGACCUGACUAGGCAUCGGCGUGAAACAGAAAGAAGAGAUGUUGAGAGGCAGAGACUUGAAGAAUUGUGGCAAAGAGCGAAACAAGACAUGGAAUCAGAAGACAUUUUGGACCAAAUGGCUGACAAUCCCACAGAGGUUGUUCGCAAGAUUUCAGACCUCUCGUGGCGUCUACAGGGCUUACGAGAGAGUGUGGAUGGGGAUCGAGGAUCAUUGGCUUCUCAGAGCUCUAGCCCCCAGGCUGCUCUCAUCUCUGCGGCCCUCUCACACCAUCCUCUCUCUAAUACCUCACUUACACCCACCACUAAUUCCACCACCCAGGUACCUAACAACUACUCACAGCCUCCAGUUAUUAAGGUAGUCAGUGAACCUUCAGUUGGGAUGGCAUGUGAUGUUACUAAUGAUGGUAAGCAUGGCAUGAUGCAGCAAAGUUCGCUCCCUUGGCUUGAUUAUAAUGCAGCUUCGCCUCACAGUACUCUAGGUUCAACUUCAUCUUCUGGUAGUUCAGGUUAUGGCAGUUUAACCCGUUCAUCUCAAGCAAGUAAUCCAUGUGAUGCUGAAGAUACAAUUGCUAGGGCAGUAGAAGAUAUCUGCUCAGCUGAAGCUAGUAAAACUACAACAAAACCUUGCACUGUAUCACAGCAUUCUUCACCAUUAAAUUCCAAAAAGAAAAAAUCAGGCUUCUUGUUUGGUUUGACUUCCUCAUCCUCAUCUCCUUCGCUCUUUCCCUCCAUGGCUGAGGCUGCCGCUGAACUAACUCCAACACGUAAAAUUGGUCAAACAACAAUUUAUCCCGAGAGCCCCCGACCCCCGCCUCACAAUGCGCACUGUUCUUCACAAUCUCAGUUAACUGUUCCAAGUACCACACUAAUCCCCCACCCUAAUACACCUCUCCAAGGGCGCCACAAAGAUUCCAUUCUGCACCAUAUCCUACCCAGUCGUCUGUAUCACUCUCCUCGUCCCCUCCGCCGAGGAUCCUCUGCCGAGAAUGUAGCUCAACCGAUCGUCACCCCUCUCUCCCCUUCCACCUUUGACAACCAGAUGGUCGCAAAUAAUGGCACUUUGAAGAGAGCCAGAACCAGCAGGGAUCAGAUUUUAAAUGGUCCAGAAACUGGAAUGCCGCGAUGUGGUUCACUAGACUCUCUACGAGAUGGCCCUCACAUACCUCAUGAUGAUGGUAGUGAUCUACUGAGCGCCAUAACUGCUACAUUUGAGGAGAAGAUGCGGAGUCUUCAGGAGUCUCAUCUAGGCCUCGUGACGGCAGUCACCGAUGAUUACAUCAGCAGCUUUGACCCUUCCUCUGAUGUGGGUCAGCUACAUGACCAUACUGGUACCACAAGAGGAAAAACAGAGUGUCGUUUAUACCGUGAUCCUUCCCUUCACCGCCGCCGCACUAAUCCUCGGAACCCAUCUCUCAAUGCUAGUACAUCCUCUUCCUCCUCUGCUGCCAAUGCAGCUCUCACCUCAACUAUCUCCCAGGUAGAGGCUGCCUGUCAGGCUGCUAAGUUUGUAGAAAAUGAAAACAAAUUAUUGAGUGAAGAAGUAAAAUGUGAUGUAAAAGUAAAGAGGUCAGACUCCUUGACUAAGUCAGAGAAAACUGAAAACAAUUUAAAAGAAAAAACUGAAAAAAGGGCUCGUGAAUUAAAGCGCACUGACACUCAAGAGAGCCUAAGUGAAAAAAAGCCUAAAGAAAUGAAGAGGUCAGAUAACCUGGAUGGAACAGAACGUUCACGAGAUUUAUCUAAGAAAUCAGAGGUAAAGGAUAAUUCAGUGGGAUCUACUAGACGUACUUCUGAAGUGAGGAGCAGAAGGCAUAAUGUCAAAGAACUUAAAGAGAAAUUUGAACAAAAUACAAGCACUCCAUCUAGUACCAAUCCCAUGAAACCAUCCACUGUUUAUAGUAAUGUAAAUAACAAUAGUACUAAGACAAACAAAUCAAGUAUGCGGCGAACAGGGUAUCGUGGACAUAUUAAGAGACGGCACACUGUUGGUGGUACCAAAGAUCUGGCCAAGUGGGCAUGGUUACAGAGUGCUGAGGUGUCUAGAAAUGCUCCACGCUCCACACGUCUUUCUGCAUGGGAGCGCCUCCAACCCUUGGUAGCAGACGAGAGACUAAACACUGACAGGACAUUAGAAGCGUGGCUAGCCCAUGAACGCAUACGAACAUCUUCACCAGACCUGUCAAGACCUCAGCAAUUAGUACUCCAUUGUGACAUGGAUGAUAAAGAAAAUCUUCAUCGCCGCCUUAGUGUACAAGAAGCAACAUUGAAUCCACUUUAUCCUCUACUAGAGAGUCAUGUGUAAUGGAGUACAGUAUAAGUCAUCAUCAGUGUCUAUGUUACUCACUCUUUGCCUCCAAUACUUAAAACUAGUGUUUUUAAAGGCACAAUCAAUAUAUAGACAAUGUAAACAAUGUUGCAAACAUUAAAAAGUGUUGGAAUUUUGAGAAGGGUAAUGAACAGUGCUGUGAUUUUUAUGUCUUUUUAAGUGUUAUUUCAAAAGCAUAUCAUUGAAUGUGUAUAUGUGUGUAUGUGUGUGUGUGUAUAUGUGUAUGUGUAUGUGUGUGUGUGUAUAUGUGUGUAUGUGACAAUGUCAGACCACAAAGGAAGGAUUGAAACAGGAAUUUCCUAACUUUCAUA